UUCCUGUUUGACAGUCAAACACAAAAUGAGCCGAUGAAAUGGCAGGUAUUUGAUCCAAAUGAAAUACCCCUGCUCAUCACAGGACUGCCCAGAUCUUGUAGUCUGACGUUUGUAGAGUCUGCAGUGCCAAAAAUGCACAGAUGAAGAUAGCAUGCACAGUAUAAGUGCACGUGUUUGUCAGAAAGCUGGCAACAAGUCAUCAACGUUGGAUGCUAUCCUGGAAAGCCUCAACCAAUUGUUACAGAGGUGUGUCGAAGGAGCUGAAUAACUCUUUUAAGGUUGAUGAUGCAAGUUCAGAAGACAACAUUGUAAGACUUCAUCCAACACAUUGGAAAGAGUUAUCAGCACACGAAUAAGCAAGGACAUAACUGAAAAACGUAAUCUAAGUGAACUGAUAUAAAUGACACAUUGGUAGCUAUGGAGCCGGUUAAACAGAAUGAUACACAAGAUGACAGUUCUAAUCUCAUCAGCCUUGAUCAAGAAACCAUUAAAACAGAGCCACCAGAUGACCUGGCCAUCACACAUGACUCGCGAGGGACAGAACAAGUGAAGAUGAAAGAGAUGUAUCAAAAAAGUGAUGGUUUGGUCGAAGAUGUAGAUGUUAAGCAAACUGUGUUUGAGGUAAAUCCUUCAAGUGUUGGGAAGCAGGAAACGAUAACAUCACCCUUACACUGUGGGAGUGGACAGGACAGAAUGCUUUUGGAUGGAGAGGCAUCCUGUGCAUCACAAACUGAAACAAAACCAGACUGUCCAGUCAUAGACACCCUUUUUACAUGCGAGAUAUGUUGCCAAACAUUUAAACAGCACAUCUGUCUUACGAUGCAUUUGAAAACUCAUCUAGGUGAUGGACCAUACACUUGUGAUGUAUGCAGUAAAAUAUACAAACUCCCCAAGACUUUCCUGAACCACAUUUCGAUACACAACAUCGACAAUCAGUUUGAUAGUCAAAUAUAUGAUCAGGGUUUUCACUCAGAAUUACGAAGUAAAGGUCAUCAAAAACGUGUACUCAGGAGUCAACGAAAAGGAAAAGCCAAAGAAGCAGCACAUAAAAAUCCCUCGUGUGAUUUUUGUGACUGUUCUUUUCCAGACUUUGAGCAAUUAAAAGUACAUGUAGCCACCCAUCAACAGAAGUCACCAACAUCAAUAAAUACUCAAUGUAAUCCCUCUCAUUCAUCAACAACAAAACGAAGAGCAACAAGGAGUGAAACGUUAUCCAGUCCAAGGCAAAUAGAUAACCAAACCACAUUGGAACAAAGCCCUACAGAAGUACCAAACCUUACCGUUUGUGAAGAAAAAUCAAAAAGAAAGAGAAAAUUAGAAGAGCCUGUGUCAGUGAAAGGAGACAGGAACACGAAAGUGUUGAAAACUCUUCCAGCAUGUCAUCAAUGUGUUGAAUGUGGUGAAAUCUUCACAGAAGAACCCCUCUUACGGAAGCACCUGUUGGAACAUUUGAAGAAAGAAUUCAAAGUUUGUUGUGGCGAAUGUGGCAUGAAAUUUACAAAUGAUACAAAAUUGAAACAACACACGACUGAGAUACACACGAAAAUUCCCUGCAAAAAAUGUGAUAGAUGGUUGACACCACAAUAUAUGCGGAGGCAUUCGAAAAUCCACAACGAAGAUGAUCUGCUUGAGAAAAAACCUUUUCAAUGUGAUGUCUGUGAAAAGGUAUUCAGCUUUGCUUUCACAUUGAAAGUUCACAUGAACUUUCAUGACCCAAAAAACUCAUUUGACUGUGAAGUUUGCUGCAGAAAAUUUAUCAAACGUGAACACCUUGAUAUGCACUUUAAUAUCCACACACAAGCCAUCAGUCUUACCCAAGUAGGGCAGACUGAUCGUGUGUGCCAGAAGAAUUCAGGAAAGACCGAUACAGUGCUAAGUGUUGGAAAAGCAACUGAAAAACAGAAAAACGUUACCUUGUCCUCUGAAGUCCAAAUUUUAUCAAAAGGUAAUAUUUGGAAAUGUGAUGUAUGCAAAAGGGUGUUUUGGACUAACUAUCGUUACAAGAAACACAUAUUGAUUUGCAAACGGAAGUCUAAAACGGAAUGUCAGAUCUGUCCCAAAAAGUGUGUUGGACAUUCGAGACUGCAAAUUGAAAAAUCGCAUAGAUGUGAUGAGUGCGGAAAAGUCUUGCAUGGGGAGACUCCAUUCAGGAAGCACAUAUUGGAACAUUUCAAGAAAGUCUUUGUUUUCAACUGUGACGAAUGUGGCAUGAAAUUUACAAGUGAAUCCAAAUUACAGCAUCAUACUACAGAGAAACACACGAAAGUUCCCUGUACUGAAUGUGAUCAAUUGUUCACACCAGAACAUAUGCGGCGCCAUUUGAAAGUCCAUAAAGGUAAUGGAAUAUCCAAGAAAAGACCUUUCCAGUGUGAUGUUUGUGACCAGGUAUUCGGUACAUCAAGAUCAUUAAAACAGCAUAUGAAUUUUCAUGAUCCAAAAGAAACCUUCAGUUGUGAAGUUUGUUGCAGAAAAUUCACCCAAUUUUGGCAUCUAAAAUCCCAUAUGAAAACCCACCCUCAAAUGCAAGCAUUAAGUCUGAACCGUACAAACCAGCGUGAUGCUGUUUGCAAGGAAAACAACGUACAAACGGAUCAGUUAUCAGGUGACGAAAAAGGAAGUCAACGAAAAAGUAUUGAAACUUCCCCUCAAUUACGAGUAUCUGUGAAAGGCACCCACAUUUCUGCUUGUGAGAUGUCUGGUAUCCAAGGAAAACAAGUGGAUCUUAUGAGCAAAAACCAGCACUUCAAGUCAGCCAGAAACAAACUUAAUUCAAAAGACCAUACAAUCUCUAACAAAACAGGAAAGGUCGAAAAACUAAGUUGUGACACUAAAACAGGUGAAGUCAUGCCUAGAGCGAAAGCCAACCCUCGUCGUAAAAAUGUGUCUAAAAUUGAUGCAGAAAGAAGUGACAAUAAAGCCCCAGCCAGAAAGAAGAAAGUACAAAAAUACAGUAACAAGACAAACAAAUGUGGAAAGAUGGGCCAAUGCAACAAAGGUAGUGAUGAGAAUGAAAGAGUUACAACUGAAGAAGGAAACACUAUCGUAAUGCUUAAGUCGUGUAAAAAGACUUGCUUGCAAAAAAAGGACAGAAAGGGGCGGAUUAAGCAAAAUCGUUCUUGUACGAUUCGUAAAACAGCUUUUAAACUUGGCAACAGGAAAAAGUUGAGCAAACAGGAGCCUACACGUCCAUCAACUCAGCAGAGGGCUGUUACCAUUACCAAACAUUCAUGUGGUGAAUGUGGUGAAUCGUUCACUGAAAAAGAUCUGAUCGACAGUCACAUGAUAAAGCAUUUGUCUGAACUGUACACUUUCCAGUGUGAUUUUUGUAGCACUAGGCUGCUCACUAACAUAGGUUUGAAAAAACAUGUUUUGAAAAACCACACUGAAACACCUUGUGCAGUAUGUGGUCAGAUGUUUGAUUCUGCGACAGCAUUGAGAAAACAUGCCAUAUCUCAUUCCGAUGAGUCGAGCAAUGCUAGUUUAGCCCGCAAGGAAAAAACCAGAAAGAUCCUCUUAUAUUCACAACGACGAGCGGAAAAGCACGAGUACUACAAUCGAUAUUGUUCCGGAACUUCAACAGAAAAAUUUGCAUGUCCAGUUUGUGAGAAACUGUACGAUCGUUCUGCAGCAUUAUUAUUCCUUGGUCAUGUGAAAUACCACACGAAAUGGCUAAAAGUUGAGCAGUCUAUCGAAAGAGACAUUUUAAGGAACAAAACUGGUGACGAGUUGACUACUGACACAGCUAGUGCUGAAGCAAUGGAUAGGCAAAAUAUUAAUUCUCAGAAUAGUAUGUAUAUGGGUCCAGAGAGCAAAGGUACCAAUGGUUCAACUAUUUGUCAAAACUCUGUCAAUCUUCAAGAUACGAAGACAGAAGAUUUCUGGAAUUCUUCAGGACAAUUACAAGAUAACAUGGGUACCCAUGCACCAGAAACCAGUUUAAAUGAUAAAUCAAGUUUUGAACCACUCAAUCAAGUGAAUGACCCUUCGACAGGUACAGAAGGUGAUCUGUUGGCAAAAAUGCACGAGGAACAAACAGCUGCUCCUCAUGCUGGCAAAAUACAAGUAUGGACAGUGAGGAAAUUAUUCCAGUGUGUACGAUGUAAAUUGGAAUUCAAAAAAGAAUAUUAUUGGAAACAACAUAACAACGUGUGUUCUGAUGAAAUGAUGUGUGAUCAUUGUGGGAAAGUAUUCAUGGGCAAAAGGCAGCUGCAAUUGCAUAUGCAACGUGACCAUCUUCGAAAAGUGACGCGUGUAUGUCACAUAUGUGGUGAUAUUUGCAAAAGUGACUAUGCUUUCAAUAUCCACAAUCUGAAGGAACAUUCUUCUGUGGAAAUGAAUAGCAGAGAUCGAAAAAAACAUCACCUGUGUGAGCAAUGUGGAACAACAUUUAGUUCUAGAAGUUUAUUAUGGAAGCAUCAGCAAUUAGUUCAUCAUAGGAAAGGUCAUUCCUGUGACAUUUGUGGAAAGUCCUUUGUUCACGAAAUAGUCAUGAAAAGACACCUGAAAGCUCACAAAAUAGCCACGGACAGAUCGGCUCUGCAAACACCAGUUGCUAUUUCGAGUACAUGUGACAUAUGUGGGGAACGAAUGAUGGAAAGAAGUAUGAAGAAACAUCGGCAGCUCGUUCACAAUAUAACAAGAUGUGACACAUGUGGAGAUGACGUUCUCAGCGACGCCUAUCUGGAACAUAGCAGAACGCAUCUGACGCUGUGGAAUUGUGACACGUGCGGGAAACAAUUUCAAAGCGCAAAAAACGUUGCAAAGCACAAAGCAUGUUUCCACAUCAUGAAGUUGUGCGAUCUUUGUGAGUUUGUGUGCGAGAGUAAUCAACAACUGACCUACCACAAACUCUCGCGUCAUUCAGCCAGGAAGAGGUGUAGUUUAUGCAGCAAAUCAUACAAAUCCACAAGAGGUCUUCAAAGACAUACAGAUAUUGUUCAUACAAGAAUCAGUGUAGUCACGUGUCAUAUUUGUGGUAAGACGUCAGACAAAUAUAAAAUUGAGCGACACAUGAGAAAACACGGAGAUUUACCUCAGUGUCCAGUGUGUUGCAAGAAGUUUCUUACGAAUAAACGAAUUGAACGACAUAUUUGGGAAAUGCACAGGACAUCGACAUGUGAUGCUUGUGGUAAAGAGUUUACCCACGGUCUUCUGAAACAUCACAAAAAGAAAUGUUUGAACAUACCAACCAACAAGAUGCCUGAGGUAUUUAAAUGUCAAUUCUGCGGAAUAAUUUGCAAAGAUCUCGUAACUCUCAAAGUACAUUUGGGAAAGCACCUCAUUUCAAAAUCCCAUGCAUGUACUAAAUGUGAUAAAAAGUUUGACAGCGCAUUGAAAUUGACCUACCAUCAAAGAGUGCAUACGAUUAUGGAAUGCAAGGACUGUGGAGAAAAAUUCGAAUCGCGAUGGAAGCAUCGACAUUUAAAAAAAAAAUGUAAGUCAAGUGACAGGACCAAUCGCUCUGUGGACAACGAUGCAGCAUUAGUAAAAUGUAACAUUUGUGGGAAAGGUUUCAAAACUAAAAGUCAAGUACAAAGACAUAUGUUUUCACAUACAAGAGCUGUAUAUGCAUGUCAGCUCUGUAAAUUCGCUACUAAAAGUCAAAGCAGGUUUGAGAGACAUGGAAAAACACACAAAAAGAAGAAAAAGUCUGUUCCUCCUAUUGAAAAGGAAUAUUCAAGUGAUUGCAAAAAGAAGAAGACUUUCAAGACCUGCAGUGUAUGUAACAAAGAAAUAAAACAUAACUUGACAUUUCAACGUCACAUGGCCACGCACACUGGAGUUAACACAUUUGAAUGUAGUAUUUGUGGUAGGGGGUUCCCCACCAAAGCAGGAUACAAAUACCACUUAGGUGCGCAUUUAGUAAAAAAGGAAAAGAUUGAAGAUGCUAACAAACCCGACGAAAACGUUUAACAACCGAGUUAUUUAGACAUAUCCUUCUGCAGCUUUUUAAUAAUUGUGAAAUUGAUCAACUUCCUGUUCAGAAGUAGAUGGAAUGGUACUAUGGUAUGUUAAAAGUCAUAGUGAUCGUUUCCUGUUCGGUGGCAAACACUUAACUUGAUGGUAAAUGAAGGGUUUAUGCUACAUUAUGUACUACAACAUGUAAUUUGCUGAAAGAGAUAUAUCCCAUGAUGUGUUAACAAACCAAGAAAAUGUAUAUGGUUGUGGUUGUUUGACUGUUAAAUUUAACCCUUUCAUCCCUGUAACAUGUAAAUUUUGGAAACUCUUAAGCUUCCAUGCAUUGAUUUGGAUGAGUCCAUUAUGGUCUACAGUGGUGAAAGGGUUAAUAUUUAAUUUUUAUUGAGGCUUUUUAUACCGAUUCGUUAUCGCCACUUUUUUUUUCUUUUAUCCAAAGAGUCUCAAUGUGUGUUAUGAGUGAAGUAAGUAAGCCUGGUUACUGAAAAACCAUGGUGAACUUAUGCCAUACCACGGGGUCCGUCGUCCGUCGUCCGUCCAUCAACUUUUCAUUUAAAACGUUACUAGUCCUGAACUGCUUUAUUGAUUUUGGCUAAAUUUGGCCUGGGUCAUCCUUGGGCAAAGGGGACUAUAAUUUGUAUAAACGGAGGACGUGGCUCCUCUGGGUGCAGAGGGGCGGGGCCCAAUAGGGGAAUUUGAAUUUUAAAUCUUUAAAAUCUUGCUUCUGUACUAUUGGAGAGAUUUCAUGCAAUAAUAAUAAUUUCCCAUGGUUACUUUAUUUUCCACGUGAGCGAUAUAGGCCCUCUCGGCCUUUUGUUUUUACAAAGGGUUCCCGACACACGGAGUGUCAACUUUGAAUAAUUCCAUUCAGUUCACUUUUUAAAUUUAAGUGAAGGGUUUCACCGAAUCGAGGGUUGCGGAGGAGGAUAUGGGAGUAGGGUGACAAGAAAUGACGUAUUAGAUUUUUUUUGUCCAUUUUUAAUGAUAAAAUGUGUCGUUAUGUAUCACAACUUUCUGAAGUAAAGUGGUUUGCAUCACAAUAUAAAUAAUGUAUAUAAGAAAAGAUAAGGAAACACACCCUACAUAUUUUUAUGUGAAUUAUAUUUAUGCUGUUGUGGAUGAUAAAUGUUUUUACACGCUUCAUUUUGUUAUCAGUUUACGUAUUAUGUUACACAUUUUCCAUGUUAAAAAUGUACAGGUCCCGUUCUCGAUACACAUUUCUUGUCUGCACGUAUAUAUGAAAUCAACAAAAUUACAAAUUCUUUACACGACCCUUGCGGUUGAAACAAGUAUACUGGUCUGCUGUUUUCAUGAAAAUCAAGAGAAUCACAUGGAAGCGGUAAAAUCUACAGGCUUUCUCCUUUUUUAGCUCCUCUAUAAUUUGCAUACCAGAUACCAUCGAUUUUGUCGGGACAAAUGUACAUGUUUCCAGUGCAACGUGUUUUAACCCCUUCACCCCUGAAGACACAUUUAAACUCUUCCAAAUCAAAGGCAGGAAUAGUUCAUUAUGAAAGUUCAGGGGUGAAUGAUUUAAACACAAACUUGUAGCUGGAUUUUUUUUCUGACGCGGUGUACGCAAAAUAAUAGCUUAAUUACUAUUUUUCUAUCGUUGCUGUAAGUUGUAAAUGUUUAACAAAUGAAUAAAGGUUAAUGAUUCAU